AUGCCGGCCCGCGCCCCGCCACGCUGUCCGCGGUCGCCACCGCUGCCGCCGCUGCUGCUGCUGUUGGCCCUGGGAGGUCGCCUUCUGCGCGCUGAGCCUGGAGACGGUGUGCAGACUUGGGCCCGCUUCGCGCGCCCUCUGGCCCCCGAGGAUGCUGGCCUCCUCCAUGACACCUUCCCCGACGGCUUCUUCUGGGCUGUGGGCACCGCUGCCUACCAGACAGAAGGCGGCUGGCGGCAGCACGGCAAGGGGGAGUCCAUCUGGGACACGUUCACCCACUCACCCCCAACACUCCCAGGAGACCCCCCGGUAGCCGGUCUGCCGUCGGGUGCCCUGUCACAGUCCUUGCCCGCCACCGGGGACGUGGCCAGCGACAGCUACAACAACGUUUUUCGCGACACGGAGGGACUGCGUGAGCUCGGGGUCACCCACUACCGCUUCUCCAUCUCGUGGGCGCGAGUGCUCCCCAAUGGCAGCGCGGGCACCCCCAACCGCGAAGGUGCGCUACUACGACGCCUGCUGGAGCGGCUGAGGGAGCUGGGAGUGCAGCCUGUGGUCACCCUGUACCAUUGGGACCUGCCCCAGCGUCUGCAAGACGCCUAUGGCGGCUGGGCCAACCGCGCCUUGGCGGACCACUUCAGGGAUUUCGCCGAGCUCUGCUUCCGCCACUUUGGCGGCCAGGUCAAGUACUGGAUCACUAUCGACAAUCCCUACGUGGUGGCCUGGCAUGGCUACGCCACUGGGCGCCUGGCCCCCGGCGUCCAGGGUAGCGCUCGGCUCGGGUACCUGGUGGCGCACAACCUCCUGUUGGCUCAUGCCAAAAUCUGGCAUCUCUACAAUACUUCUUUCCGUCCAACUCAGGGGGGCCAGGUGUCCAUUGCCCUAAGUUCCCACUGGAUCAAUCCGCGAAGAAUGACAGACCACAAUAUCAAAGAAUGUCAAAAAUCUCUUGACUUUGUUCUAGGCUGGUUUGCCAAACCAAUAUUUAUUGAUGGUGACUAUCCUGAAAGCAUGAAGAAUAAUCUUUCAUCUCUUCUGCCUGCUUUUACUGAACCUGAGAAAAAGUUCAUCAAAGGCACAGCUGACUUUUUUGCUCUUUCCUUUGGACCAACCUUGAGUUUUCAACUAUUGGACCCUCGUAUGAAGUUCCGCCAAUUAGAAUCUCCCAGCCUAAGGCAAUUGCUUUCCUGGAUUGACCUUGAAUAUAACCAUCCUCAAAUAUUUAUUGUGGAAAACAGCUGGUUUGUCUCAGGGACCACCAAGAGAGAUGAUGCCAAAUAUAUGUAUUACCUCAAAACAUUUAUAAUGGAAACUUUAAAAGCCAUCAGGCUGGACGGGGUGAACAUCAUUGGGUACACAGCGUGGUCCCUCAUGGACGGCUUCGAGUGGCACAGAGGCUACAGCAUCAGGCGUGGACUCUUCUAUGUCGACUUUUUGAGCCAGGAUAAGAAGUUGUUGCCGAAGUCUUCAGCUUUGUUCUACCAACAGCUGAUAGAGAAAAACGGCUUCCCUCCUUUACCUGAAAAUCAACCCCUAGAAGGCACAUUUCCCUGUGACUUUGCUUGGGGAAUUGUUGACAACUACAUUCAAGUUGACACCACUUUGUCUCAGUUUACCGACCCAAACGUUUACUUGUGGGAUGUCCACCACAGUAAGAGGCUCAUUAAGGUGGACGGCCUUGUGACCAAGAGGAGGAAACCUUAUUGUGUCGACUUUACUGUCAUCAGGCUCCAGAUCGCCCUACUCCAGGAAAUGCGUGUGACACAUUUCCACUUCUCGCUGGACUGGGCCCUGAUCCUGCCUUUAGGUGACCAAUCCCAGGUGAACCGCACGGUCCUGCACUACUAUCGCUGUGUUGCCAGUGAACUCCUGCAUGCCAACAUAACCCCAGUUGUGGCCCUGUGGCAACCUGUGUUCCCGCACCAAGGUCUGCCGGAGCCUCUGGCCAAGCAGGGCGCCUGGGAGAAUCCCCAGACGGCCCUGGCUUUUGCGGAGUAUGCUAGGUUGUGCUUUAAAGAUCUUGGCUCCCACGUCAAGUUUUGGAUCACCAUGAACGAGCCGUACACGCGGAACAUGACCUACAGUGCAGGGCACAACCUGCUGAAAGCCCACGCCCUGGCUUGGCGCUUGUAUGAUGAGAAGUUUAGACGCUCUCAGAAAGGAAAAAUAUCCAUAGCCUUGCAGGCUGACUGGAUAGAACCAGCCUGCCCUUUUUCCCCAAAGGACAAAGAAGUGGCAGAGAGAGUUUUGGAAUUUGACAUUGGCUGGCUGGCCGAGCCCAUUUUUGGUUCUGGGGAUUAUCCACGUGUGAUGAGGGACUGGCUGAAUCAUAGAAACAAUUUCCUUCUACCUUAUUUCACUGAAGAUGAAAAAAAGCUCAUACAGGGUUCCUUUGACUUUUUGGCUGUAAGCCAUUACACCACCAUCCUUGUAGACUGGGAAAAAGAAGAUCCAAUAAAAUAUAACGAUUAUCUGGAAGUGCAAGAAAUGACAGACAUCACAUGGCUCAACUCCCCCAGUCAGGUAGCAGUAGUGCCCUGGGGCUUACGAAAGGUCCUGAGUUGGCUAAAGUUGAAAUAUGGAGACCUCCCCAUGUAUAUAAUCUCCAAUGGCAUUGAUGAUGAUCUGCAAGCAGGCCAAGACAAAUUGAGGGUGUACUAUAUGCAGAAUUAUGUAAAUGAAGCUCUGAAAGCCUACAUAUUGGAUGGGAUCAACCUUUGUGGCUACUUUGUGUUUUCAUUUAAUGAUCGCACAGCUCCAAAGUUUGGCCUCUAUCGUUAUGCUGCCAAUCAGUUUGAACCCAAACCAUCCAUGCAACAUUAUAGGAAAAUAAUUGACAACAAUGGCUUCCCAGGUGCUGAAACUCUGGGGAGAUUUUGUCCAGAAGAAUUCACCCUGUGCACCGAGUGCAGCUUUUUUCAUACCCGAAAGACUUUAUUAGCUUUCAUAGCUUUUCUACUUUUUGCUUUAAUUAUUUCUCUUUCUCUUAUUUUUCACUACUCUAAGAAAGGCAGGGGAAAUUACAAAUAG